UACGCUCGUACGUAGCCGGGUUGGACGCGUCAUGUUAGGCGUCUGCCUCGAGUGGGGCCACGGUGGACCACGCCUAGCCCCAUAGCAUCGGGCUACCAGCUCUAUCGCCUCCCACUAGUGGAAGGGAUAUUUUGGAAUAACACAGGAAUAAAUGGCAUUGAUGCAGAAAAUAAUCUUUUGCGGUGUAACUACUGCAUCUGGGCAGAUGUGGAGAACCCAAAGAAAUUUGGUACUGAGGUUCAUGCGAAACUUCAGCAUUGGGAAAGCAGGCUUUGAGGGCUCCAUCUCGCAAGAAGUCUUGGCGCUAAUCCGAGAACUGAAAAAAUUCAGAGAGAAACCGGUAAAAACUGCACAUCUUUUCCACAGUGCCAUCUCAAACAUCAUUUGCUUGGUUGUGUACGGCACAAGGUACGACUAUGAUGAUCCCAAAUUCAAGGAGCGUCUCAAACUAAUAAAUCGCACCUUUGAGCUACUUGGUUCAGGCAGCAUCUUCUUCAUGCCAUUCACCGAUCUGGUGGCUGGGAUCAUACCCUCCCUAUGGGAGCUGACUCCAAAACUUUAUAAAAUUCACCAACUUUGUCAGGGGAGCCCUCCUUUGGCAUCAGGCAGACUUCGAUCCCCAGAGAGACCCAACAGAUUUCCUCUACCUGUACGGGAAAUCGAUGCCAUUGUUGGUAGAGAUCACCUCCCACAGAUGUCCGAUAAACCACACCUCCAUUUCACUGAGGCUACUAUUCUUGAGGUUCAACGUAUCAGCAAUGUCGUUCCUCUUGGUGUACCUCACCAGGCUAGAGAAGACGCCACAGUCAUGGGCUACACAAUCCCUAGAGGAACCAUCUUGCUGCCAAACUUUUGGGCUUUGGGGCAUGACCCAAAGGUGUGGCCAGAACCACACCUGUUCAAACCAGAAGGGUUUUUGGACAAGGAUGGUCAAGUGACCAAGAAGGAUGAGUUCACGCAAUUUAGUGUAGGACGUCGCAUGUGCCUGGGGGAACCUUUUGCUAAGAUGGAGCUGUUCCUUUUCUUCAGUGGUCUCCUGCAUCAGUUCACCUUCCAGAGACCCCAGGGUGCUCCCCCAAUCUCUUUCAAGAGCAGGGCUGGAUUCACACUGACCCCAAUUUCAUUUGAAGUCUGUGCGAUUGUCCGUGCUCAGAGGGGUGACUCGGCUUUUAACCGACUUUUUACUGAUUCCGAGGUACAUCUUCUAGACCAACUUAUUCCGGGGUUAAAACUGAUCUUCAAAAGGUUAACCUACAGUGUUGUAGUCAAGACCUCUUAAGACCAUCACAAGACUACCACAAAACCUCCAAUUUUAAAUUGAGUCACAAUCUAUUCGAAUGAGCUACAACACGAGCACUGCUUUACUAGUGUUCACCCUGUUACUUGUGAUCAGUUUUGUCUGGUCUUGUGGAAGGCCAUGUGUCUUGUCUUGUGAUAGUCUGGGCUGGAACACUUUCAAGAGAUUUUUUUAAAAUGUAUAUUUCCACAGAAUCACAGGUCUAUUAUUUUCUCCAGGUUUUUCAAUUUCACAGUGAGUUUAAAGAGUUUCAUGUCUGUUCUCUGACUGCAUUUGUCAUGGUUUCAUACCUUCUGAACAGGUCAGACUGCUGCAGAAUUUAUGCUGAAAUUUCAAAUAAUGUAACAAAAUAAUUUAGA